UGGUGAUGCUAGCUUUCCCCCCUUCCCGGCGUGGUUGGGUUUCGCCUCAGCAGUUGGGGAGGGGGUGUGGAAUCGUGGAGGCGGGGGAGGGUGUCCCCUCCGCGCCGUUAAAAUGAAACUCUAGUGGCUGGAGUCCGGGCAGAGCGUGAGCGGAGCCGGUGCCGGCGGGGCUGCUUACACCCCGGCGGGAGCGCACAGCCGAGCCGAACUGACUGGACUCUCCGACGGGCCCCAAUUCCAAGGCUGCGGCAGCUUCGGUUCCGAACCCGACCGGAACGGAGCCCAAGUCCCGGCCCCUGCGGGGAUUGCUUUUUGCAGACUAGUGGGACCCCGAAACUUGAACUCAAUCCCUAACCCCCUUUUUAUGCCUGCCUUUGUCACUUCCCCGGCUUUCACCCAACGUGUUUUUUUCUCCUCCCUUCGUUCCUCCCCGCUCUUCAUUCUCCCUCUGCCGAAGGACACAAAAGUGGCUUCCGCGGAAAGAUUUGGAGGCGGUGGGAGCUUUUCUCUUUGGAGAGCGACUGUGUAGAAGGGAUUUGGGGGAACCGCUUUUUACACCUCUGCCGUCCAUCCCCCAAGCCUCUUGUACCCCUCCGAGAACAGCCCUUAUCUUGAAAGUUCGGGGGGCAUUUUGCUGGGUGCUGUAGGAAGAGAGAGGAGGAGGACCCUGUCCUCGUCCUGGUAGUUGGCUGGACUCGUACCGGCCGUUGGAAAGCCCGAAGUACAUUUCCGUGUGGAACUUUUGCAGAUCUAUAUUUUUAGAUUUUAAAUACCAGAUAAAAAAUAUAUAUGCUCUCUAUAUAUUUCCUGACGGCCUGCCCCUGACAGCGCGAUGUACAAUACAGUGUGGAGUAUGGACCGCGAUGACGCAGACUGGAGGGAGGUGAUGAUGCCCUAUUCGACAGAACUGAUAUUUUAUAUUGAAAUGGAUCCUCCAGCUCUUCCACCAAAGCCACCUAAGCCAAUGACGUCAGCAGUUACAAAUGGAAUGAAGGACAGUUCUGUUUCUCUUCAGGAUGCAGAAUGGUACUGGGGGGAUAUUUCAAGGGAGGAAGUGAAUGACAAGUUACGGGACAUGCCAGAUGGGACCUUCUUGGUUCGAGAUGCAUCAACAAAAAUGCAGGGAGAUUAUACUUUGACUUUGCGGAAGGGAGGCAAUAAUAAGUUGAUAAAGAUCUAUCAUCGGGAUGGUAAAUAUGGCUUUUCUGAUCCUCUGACAUUUAAUUCUGUGGUGGAGCUCAUUAACCACUAUCAUCAUGAGUCUCUUGCUCAGUACAAUCCCAAACUUGAUGUGAAGCUGACGUACCCAGUGUCCAGGUACCAACAGGAUCAGUUGGUAAAAGAAGAUAACAUUGAUGCAGUAGGUAAAAAACUGCAAGAGUACCACUCUCAGUAUCAGGAAAAGAGUAAAGAGUAUGAUAGGCUAUAUGAAGAAUAUACUAGAACAUCCCAGGAAAUACAGAUGAAGAGGACUGCAAUUGAAGCUUUUAAUGAAACAAUUAAAAUAUUUGAGGAACAGUGUCAUACACAAGAACAACACAGCAAAGAAUAUAUUGAGCGAUUUCGCAGAGAAGGGAAUGAAAAGGAGAUUGAACGAAUUAUGAUGAAUUAUGAUAAAUUGAAAUCCCGUCUGGGUGAGAUUCAUGAUAGCAAAAUGCGUCUAGAGCAGGAUUUGAAGAAACAAGCUUUGGACAACCGAGAAAUAGAUAAAAAAAUGAAUAGCAUCAAACCUGACCUGAUACAGCUGCGCAAGAUCCGAGAUCAGCACCUUGUAUGGCUCAAUCACAAAGGAGUGAGACAGAAGCGCCUGAAUGCAUGGCUAGGAAUCAAGAAUGAGGAUGCUGAUGAGAACUAUUUUAUCAAUGAAGAAGAUGAAAACCUGCCCCAUUAUGAUGAGAAAACCUGGUUUGUGGAGGAUAUCAAUCGAGUUCAAGCAGAGGAUUUGCUUUAUGGGAAACCUGAUGGUGCAUUCUUAAUUCGUGAGAGCAGCAAGAAAGGAUGCUAUGCUUGCUCUGUGGUUGCCGAUGGGGAAGUGAAGCACUGUGUGAUCUACAGCACUGCUCGGGGCUAUGGCUUUGCAGAGCCCUACAACCUGUACAGCUCUCUGAAAGAGCUGGUGCUCCAUUACCAGCAGACAUCCCUGGUUCAGCACAACGACUCCCUCAACGUCCGGCUUGCCUACCCUGUCUAUGCACAGAUGCCCUCGCUCUGCAGAUAAAGAGGAAGUGGGGAGA